AUGCAGCAAACCGACAUUGUUUUCGGGCGUCUCGUCUCCGGACGAGGAGCAACUCUCAAUAUAAUUACGGAGCCUGUCGCGGGUCCAUCUCAAUGGGAUGCCGUUCGAAUCCACCGGCCUGUCAGACAUCACGUCGUGUGCCGACUGGCCGCAAACACAACCUUCGGCUCCGUUUUCCAGUACCAAAAUAUCGAUGAGACACCUGAAGUCACUUUCUUCGGAGCACAGACUCACUUCGGUGUCAUACCCAUGGAGUUCCGACCUGAGCAGCUUUGGGUGCUGGUGAAGCCGCUUGGACACACAAUUGAAGUGACCCUGUUUGGAACUACAGCCAUUAUGACCCAAGAGAACGCGCGAUUCCUUGGGGAUGAGUUUUGCAAUUAUGUGGCCAUGGGAGGCAUGAUCGAAGUUCCUGCGUUGGGGCCAACGAAAACCUCGGAACUAGUAUUCGCAGCUAUUCUAGAGCGCACUUGA